AGUCGCGUUCCGCAUGCUCCUCGCACCUUGUCAGGGCGGUUUCAUCCUCGUACCGCACAAGCGUCGUGCCGUCCUCCUCGCACGACACCUUAAGCAGUCGUUGCUCUGCCUCGGAAGCCGCCAUGCACGCAGCCGCGCAGCACAGCGUGAGGGCCAACACGGCGAACAGCACGUGGCGCACGGCCUUCAUUCGUGUCGUUUUGGAGUCGCCUGGGUAUGUGUGUGGGUGGGUGGGUGGCCUCGCUGGUCUGCGUGGGGACGGAGGGAAGAAGACAAAGGUGCACAAAAGAGAGAAACACGGCCGGCACGGCUCGCCGCACACAGACACGCCCGCAGAGCAGCGGGUGACCGCAACAGCACUCGGGCACGCACGGCGCGGUUUCCGCAAGGAGCACACAGACACACGGAGGAAGCAGUAA